AAGAAAAAAGAGCGAAGCCAGACAAACAGGCCAGACCAAGAGCGCCGCGUCCACCACCGCCGGCACCACCACCCUCGGCGCGCGCGCGCGGGGAUCGAUCCCUGCCCCCGAACUCGCGCCCGCGCGCCCGGUAGUUGUGCCCGCUGCAUCUGCGCUGACUGGGACCCCGUCGAUCCGGCCGACGCGUGGGGUUUGGUUGGGUUUGGGCUGGGUUGGUCCCUUCCCGAGGAUCCAUUUUUAGUUGGAUUCCCGGGUCCCUUCGCGGGGCUACUAGAUUCCCGGGGGAGCGGAUGGAUUUGGCGUCGGUCAACGAGGAGCUCGCCGAGAUCGACGGGCAGAUCGCCGACAUCUUCCGCGCAUUGCAAAAUGGGUUCCAGAAGCUCGACAAGAUCAAGGAUGCCAACCGCCGGAGCAGGCAGCUCGAAGAGCUUACUGACAAGAUGCGAGACUGCAAAAGGCUUAUCAAAGAUUUUGAACGAGUUGUCAAGGAUGAAGCAGGAAGUGUUGAUCCGAACACUUCUAAAUUUCUGAACGAGAGAAAGCAGUCACUGAUCAAGGAAUUGAACUCUUAUGUUGCUCUGAAGAAACAACAUGCAAGUGAAAAUAAGCGAGUUGAUCUUUUUGAUGCUCCAAGUGGUGAAGAUGCCUUUGGUGAAGAAAAUGUUCUGUUAGCAUCUAAUAUGACAAACCAGCAGCUAAUGCAGCAUGGAGACAAUCUAAUGGAUGAGACUGAUCAAGCUCUCGCACGAUCUAAACAGACUGUCCAAGAGACGAUCAAUGUGGGUACCGAAACUGCAGCUGCUCUGAAAGCACAGACAGAGCAAAUGAGCAGGGUUGUUAACGAGCUGGAUUCCAUUCAUUUCUCCAUGAAAAAGGCAUCAAAAUUGGUGAAAGAAAUUGGUAGGCAGGUUGCGACUGAUCGCUGCAUCAUGGGCUUGCUUUUUCUCAUUGUCGCUGGAGUCAUAGCUGUAAUCAUUGUUAAGAUUGUAAACCCACACAACAAAGAUAUUCCUGACCUCCCCGGGCUCGCUCCACCGGUCAGCAGAAGGCUGUUGUCCAUUGUAGAGAACAAUGGGUAGUCCAUCUCUUGCGGGGCAGCUUAUCAGACUCAAGGAUCGUGGAUGGUCCACUUUGAGCCUUUGGUCUUGCAAGGAAUUUUAUGGCACCUGAGGCCGCCUUUUCCCAGUUCAAGCUGCCCGAUUUUCGCACCCUUAGCAGUCAAAAGGUGUCGAGAAGCCGUCAUAAGAUCUCACUUGAUCCAUGGUGCUUUCAACGCCGGUCUGCACUAGCUCUAGAUGGUGCACCAUUUACACUAUCUCGUACUCCCUCUGUUCUUAAAUAUAAGUUUUUGUAAAGAUUUCACGGUGGACCAUUUACGAUUUUGCUCAGUAUGUAAUUCAUGAUGGGAUCUCUACGAAGACUUAUAUUUAGGAACAGAGGGGUACUAUAACC